AUGAAUUUUGAGGAUCCCUUUGCAGAUGACUUGCAGUCCCUUGAUGCCGUUAUGGCGCAGCUUGCUGCUGAGCAGGGUCGUCGGUCACGUCCACCACCACCGGAGAGCGGGACUUCCCCCUUAUCCACAGCAAUAGCAGGCAAGUCAGCCGCAGGUCUUGAGGGCCGCACAGGCAGACGUGACGCCGUGUCCAUUAAAAGCCUGGGGAAACAGGUGCAGCCAAUAGCUGCAUUUGCAACAGCGACAAGGACACCAGCGUCCACAGCCGUAGGAAAGGAUGAGCCCGUGCCGUGGGAGAUGUAUGACAACCCUUCGACAACAGCACGCACACAUGCGUCUGCGACGACCUCGUGGGGGACGUCGCUCGUGGCACAUGUGGGUGGGAGAGACCGACACGACGCGGCUGUGGUUGGCCGGGGCGAUGGGGACGACGACAGUGACAAAGAAGAUCCACUUGCUUUUCUUGAGAGGGCCCCAUCUUUGGCAGCGCCGGUUGUUGAGCAGAGUCAGGCCACAAAGCCCGUCGGGGCUGACGCCGCCUCCUCUCCGCAGAGGCAUAUGGAGGACGAAGGGGCGAGAGGACAGGCAGAAAGACGUGAUUUACUUUCGUCGCUGGACGCCGUUGGAAUGGAGCUUGAUCAGAUUUAUAGCACGUUAGAUAGGCUGCAAAUACAGGCGGACACGGAGCUAACGGGAUUAGAGACGACGAUCAUAGAGAAACAGACAGAACUUGCCAUUGGAGAGGACCGCAUUGCCAGCGAGCGACGUCAAUACGAAUCUUACCACCAACGGCGUCUGAAGGAUAUAACGGAUCGCACCACAGAGUUGCUGCAACGGCAGGUGGAGGAGGUGACAUCAAUGGAGAAGGAGCAGUAUGAGGCCCAGUUACGUGCUCUCACGGCGGAAAUGGCGGAUGUCAAGAAUAGAAUAGAUCAGUGCUUCAGCAGCGAGAGUUACUGCUACAGCAA